UAGCAGUGUGCGCGCCGCUCUCCCUCCUAAAGCCCCAGAUCUUGCUGCUCGUCAUGCCGAGGUGUCUCCCCCGAGCCGGGCCAGGGCUGCCCGCUUGCCUUGUCCUCCUGGCCGCCGCCUGCCUCUUAUCGCCGCCGUCGCAGGCCUGCGGCGUCUCUCGCUAUGGGCCCCACGACCCCGUGGUGGAGCUGCAGCCGGACACGCUGCAAAGCCUCUUCUUCUCUCGCAGCGCCUGGGUUGUCCAGUUUUACGCGCGCUGGUCUGCCGCUUCCGCCGCCUUCGCCCCCACGUGGCGAGCGCUCGCCCGGGAUAUAAAGGACUGGAGACCUACUUUGAAGCUGGGUGUGAUAGAUUGUGGCAAGAUGUGCAAUGAGAAAAUGUGUUCAGACUUUGAAGUCACCGCAUACCCAACUGUGAAGUUUUUAAAGCCAUUCUCUACAUAUGCUGGCGAUGGCAUAAAGUUUGAAGAAAUUAAGGAUGACCCUCAGAGCCUGAGGGAAGCCAUAAUCACCUUUGCAGAGAGACAUCUAACUAGUUGGUGGUCCCCUGACACCCCACUGUUGGCUCCGCUCAGUUCAACAGAAUUUGUUGACUCCGUUCCGGGAAGGAAGGUAGCCCUGAUAUUCGAGGAGGAUGACUCCUUUUUGGGCAGAGAGGUCAUAUUGGACAUGGCCCAGUAUGAAAACAUUGUUGUGAGGAGAGUCUUGAAGAGCAAUGCGGAGCUAGUGACUAGAUGCAAGGUCUGCACCUUCCCGUCUGGCUUCCUGUAUUCAAGCAAAGGCUCUUGCACACCCAUCGUUCUGGCAAACAAUUCAAGAUCCUUCUACACAGACUUCCUGCGGACACUACCUGGGGUCCAGAGAGAAAUCAUUGGCACUUCUAAGCCACCAAUAGCAGAAACAAAGGCUACCCCUGACUCCUGGGAGGUAGCAGACAGAACACAGUUGUGCAUGGCUGACCUGGAGUAUGCAGUGCUUUGCAGCCUGCACAGAAUUGAAGUAAGAUUAGCCAACUUCACUGAAGAGCGGCUCUCUGCAUUGAAGCAGUAUGUGCAUAUACUAGCCAAGUAUUUUCCUGAGCGCUCUGCGGUCCACAACUACCUUCACAAACUGGAAGUGUGGCAGGAGUCCAACUUGUCGACAAAUAUUUCACGGGAUGAAUGGAUAGAAGCUCUAAAAGCUGCAAAAGAGGGUCUGAAUGCCAGCUUUCCAGAGACUCCAGACUGUGUGGGAUGUCAAGGAAACAUACCUGGGUUCGAAAGUUAUUUGUGCUCUCUCCGGAUUAUCUUCCACCUGCUGGCAGUGCAGGAAGCACUGAAAAGCGAGGGGGCAAACCCAUCAUUAGAAGUCUUUCCUGCAGCAAGAGAAUUCAUGACGAACUUCUAUAUUUUCUCACCGGCUGCAAAGCGCUUUGCAAGCUUGCCAGCAGAAUUCAUCACCGAAGUGAAGGACCAAGAUGAGGCUAUUUUUCAGCUUUGGUCAACCUUUACAGGUGCUGAAAGCAAGGGUGACGAAAUUCCCAGCACCCUGUGGCCUCCCCAAGACUUGUGUCCAUCAUGCAGUGAAACCGUGAAUGAGAAAAUUGUGUGGAAAAAGGCAGCUGUUUUGAGCUUCCUCAAGAAACAUUUCUCAAUGGACAAUAUUUCCUAGGGUUUCCUGAACCAACUCCUCAACCCUACCUUCAAACCAAAACCACACAUAAACAAAUUUACUCACACAUUAACCAUCCAAAGAAACAGGAUACAUGUUGCUUCAUUCCCUAAAUGAUAGAAGGCACUGGCUACUGCCCUUUUGGACUGCUGCUUUUACCUGAGCAAGGCAGCAAAAAUAAGCAAACCUUCACAGAAGAUCAUCAAGAGCUGCUGAGGCUUUUGAGCUUGUGUGCAGCUACUUUGUGUGGCUGGUGAGCAACUAAACUGCAUGCUGCAAUAUUUGCAUAAGCAGUUCAGUAGCCUCAGGCUGUGACCUUGCUGUGUCCAUCUAGGACAGACCUUCACAACAUGUAAGUGUGUGUGUGUUUAGCCUUUGCAUAUCUAUACAAAAGUAUAAAUUGUCAAGUGAGAAGUUGGCCACUUGCUUCCACAUGAACCUGCCCAGUGGUGAAUAAAAUCUUCUGAUGUUGAUUGAUGGGCAUCUCUGUCAUCUGAGAUCCAUUAGGUUCUGGUGAUCAAGGAAACAGCCUUUUUAGUUAUGCUGACACCUCAGGCUAGAGAGAGUUCUUAACUCAGGGGUCCCCAAACUAAGGCCUGGGGGCUGGAUGUGGCCCAAUCAGCUUCUAAAUCCGGCCCGCAGACAGUCCAGGAAUCAGCAUGUUUUUACAUGAGUAGAAUGUGUCCUUUUAUUUAAAAUGCAUCUCUGAGUUAUUUGUGGGGCAUAGGAAUUCGUUCAUUUUUUUCUCUCUUCAAAAUAUAGUCCGGCCCCCCACAAGGUCUGAAGGACAGUGGACUGGCCCCCUGCUGAAAAAGUUUGCUGACCCCUGUCUUAAAUUUUAUAGUCUCUCCUUGGAAGCAGUUAGCCGGAAGCAUUCUGAUCACAUAUGGAGACAUUUUAUAGUCCUCCAAGAAUCAGAGGGCAAAAAUACAACAACAACAACAACAACAACAACAACAACAACAACAACAAUAGUAUUUUUUUACUUGUAUGCCGCCCAUCUGACUGGGUUUCCCCAGCCACUCUGGGCGGCUCCCAACAGAAUAUUAAAAACACAAUAAAAUAUCAAACAUUAAAACCUUUCUUGAACAAGGCUGCUUUCAGAUGUCUUCUAAAAGUCAGAUAGUUGUUUAUUUCCUUGACAUCUGAAGGGGGUCCGUUCUAUAGGGUGGGCACCACUACCAAGAAGGCCCUCUGCCUUGUUUUGUAUAUGUAGUUUUUCUAUGUAUGUUAUUGUGGCCAAUUUGGGAGCAGGAGCAAAAUGGUUCUUUUGAAAUAUUAAUUGGACAGAGAACACUAAUUGGGAAAAAGUUGUUUUUUUAAAAAUAGUUGCAUCCUGUCACUUUCUUGGCUCUGUCAGUUUUUGGUGUUUUUUUUUUUUUUUUUUUGCUUCUGAAAAGAUCACGACCAGCCUUAUAAACAUUAAAUAUCAUUCUACAUACCCACACACCCAACAUUUUUUCUUCCAUUGCUAUUUUUCUAUAACUUACUGAAAAGGCACUUGGCAAUAGAAUUCAAUAAAAAGAGCAUCAACAUA